AUGCACGAAUACGUGGUCUACGAUCUGAAUGUUGUUCUAUAUAUUUUUGAAGAUGUGGCAACGAAAAUCGACGCUCAAGCUCAGUACUUCCCGGUGUCGGGCAGCGCAAUGCAUUUUAAAGUGCGCGCGCGGAACGAUGUUACGAUUGAACUGACCAGUCAGCCUCGCCAGACUGACCCCAUGUAUGAGAUCGUUAUUGGAGGUUGGAGUAAUUCAAAGAGCGUGAUCAGAAAGUACGUUUGUCACAAAGCAGAAAAAGAUGAACGCCAGACGCCAGAAAUUCUGAACGACAAAGAGUUCCGCGAGUUCUGGUUGCGAUGGGACCAUGGAAACAUCUUGGUUGGCCGAGAAAACGAGGCGCAACCUUUCCUAUCGUGGCAAGAUCCUGAUCCGGUGCGCGUUGCUUACGUGGGUGUGCGAACGACGUGGGGCUCUACUGGCAAUUGGAAAUUAGCCAGUGGUUCUAAUAAGGGCGGGGAUAGCAUUGAUGUAGCAACGGAAAAUGACGUGAAGUGGCAGUUCUUCCCCAUACAGGGUGAUUCCCUGCGGAUCAGAGUGCGGGCAAGCAACGGUGCGACUAUCGGACUCGCCACUCACCCCUGGGAAACCGAUCCGAUGUACGAGGUCGUCCUAGGAGGAUGGGGAAACACUAAGAGCGUGCUCAGAAGAUUUUGCUGUACUAACCCUGAUAAAGCCAAAGCAGAAACGAAAGAAAUAUUAAAGAGUGGAGAUUCUCGAGGGUUCUGGGUUCGCUGGGACGGCGGGAACUUCAUGGCGGGGCGGGAAGGCGAGACCAAACCCUUCAUAUCGUGGCGGGACCCUGACCCGUUCCCUGUGGCCUUCAUGGGCGUGCACACUGGACAUGGUUCUAAUGGUGUCUGGGAGAUUGAAAAUACUUCUGCAAAAGACGUCAUAGUUUCAAAUAGUAAUGAACACAUAUUUAAGCCCAUGGUGUGCGCAUCAACGCUGACGCGCCUUCGUCAGGGCACCGCCUGCGCAGGACAGACUGUCUUUGAGGAGAACUUCGACACUCUGCGCGAAGACAUCUGGGAAGUACAACAUUACGUGCCAGUCGACCAUCCUGAACUGCCAUUCGUGUCAUAUCAGCGUUCCACAGUGUCUGUGAAGAAUGGAUACCUCCGUAUUGUUCCAAAGCUUCAGCAAAACCAGCCAGGUUUUACCCACUCCAGCAUGUUUGAUGCCUUGGAUUUAUAUAAAGGGUAA